AUGCAAGAAGAUUUGGAAGUAACGGGGGUGUCGCGCAGUGGCAGAGUCAGGAAGAAGAGCUCAAAGCUUAUGGAUUUUGAGUCCCCCGACGACAUCGAGACCCGGUUUCGACGUCAGACACCAGUGAAGACUUAUUCUAAUUCUAACGUAAAGAAUGAAGAGCCUGUGGAGUAUCACGAGCCGCCGAAAGCGGCGGAGGAUGCCGCCGGCACUGCGUCGAGUGAAUCUGAUUUUUAUGAAAACAAUGCGGAUCAGGGUGAAAGUAUGGAGUCUGACAGCUCAGCGUCUGAUGAGGGCUCCGCACGCACACCGGCUAACUCUCUGUACAUGAUGGAGAAAAGCAAGAAGAAACUUGUCAUUAAAGACGGCAGGGUGAUUGGAAGAGCUAAAGCUCAGAGGAAGGAUAAAGGCAAAACUCGUAUAACCGCAUACAUGAUGUGGGCAAAAGAAGCGCGCAAUGACUUACUGCGGAAACAUCCUGACAUGGACUUUUCCGCUAUAUCCAAGAGGCUCGGCGAAAUGUGGGCUAAUGUUAACUACAAUGAGCGUUACUUGUGGAAGCGCAAGGCGAAACGUUUUGCCAUUCAAAAGGAGCAGAGCAAUCAACCUACGGUGAACAAGAUUAUAUCUAACCCAAGUAUUCGCCCUAUGCACCCGGGCCCUGGUCGCCCGCCCGCAAACCGCGCCCCGCCCAAGCCGGCGCCCGUCGCCCUCGCUCAGCCACAACAGGCGCUCGUUCCCGCGUCCGUCGCCAACCCUGCUGCCAACACCGGCGCAGGCAUGUACCGUGUGAACGGCUGCGGCGCCGUCGAGGUGGCAGCACACUUGCGACUAUUGGGCGAGAGUUUGGCCAUCAUCGGCGAACGCCUGAAAGAGCAUGAGGGUCAGAUCGCCGUGUCGGGCUCAGUGUCCGUGCUGCUAGACACGCUGCUAUGUUCGCUGGUACCGCUCAUCUCCGUGGCACGCGCCAUUCCCGCCAUCGCUCCACCGCAGCGCUUACUGCAGGACACACUUCACAACAUCGCGUACAUCAUGCCCGGACUGUGAGCGCCUUUACAUAAACGCGGCGUAACGACGGAAUAGUUUUUUUUAAUAAUAAAUAAUAAUUCCGGUACA